CAAGCUUGUAUUUUGGCUACUUCGUGAAUUUGGCUGUGGAGGAACAACAAGAUCUUUAGAGGGACUUUAGAAGUUGGUUUGGUUUAACUAUUUGUUAUGGACGGCAAGAGGGCUCCAUUCCCCUUUCGCAUUUCUCCAUCUUUCCAAUAUCUCUAGCUACUUGCUUCAUGAAGGCUUUUGGCUAAUAGAGGAGAGAUUACACAUUUGCAACUUGCUGAAGAUACAUAUUUUGCUUGGGCGACUUAACAAACAUUGAGAAAUUCAUUUCUCCAUAUUGCCAAGUGUUGAUGUUAUAUGGGAAGAAGUAAUAUCUUUUGCUUACAUCCUUUCUUGUUCUGAUAGACCCCAAAUUACUAAGGUCUACACUCGGAGAAAUAUGAGAGAAAUAGGAUGGCCAAAAUGAUGUAAUUUGUGAAGAAUGAGAGUUGUUAUCCGUAGGUGUGAGUGCGGGGGAUUGUGUGGGCCCAUAGGGGUUCUGUUAGUUUGGAGAAAAGCCCUUUUAUGGGUCAGUGAGGAGGGAAGCUGGUAUCUUCAUGUUUUGGCAUUUUGCUUUUUGUAGCUCUUGUUGAGCAUUUUGAAGAGGAGGGAGUUCUUAAAACUCUCUUGGCUUUGCCAAAUUAGACCAUUAUUUUCUCAUUGGCAUGGGGCUCGAUCAAAAUGUUGCUGAACCACGUGACCCUAUAGAUCAAACUCAUUUUGCGUGGAAAAUUGCUGUGCAUUCUCUUUCUGAUCUAUCUUAUAUAUCCCCUGUUGUAUUCUUAUACCUCCUAAAGGAAUGCUAUAUUCGUGGCACAUUGAAAGCAACUAAGAAGUUUCGAUCUCUUCAGCAACAAGUUCAUCUUGUUCUUCAUAAUGGUCCCCAACCUGGACCAGCUACAUUUGUUAUACAUUGCCUAUAUGUCUUGCCUAUUUUUGGGCUAUAUAGUGAAGGAUUCAGUCACUUGAUUACAUCAGCUUUUCAACGUUUUUUGAAAGUAGUGACAACCCUAACAGACCUUGACAAGGCAAAGAACCUAGCUGCUCAGCUAUUUGUGGAUAUUGUUGGAGGAUUCAUUAAGCAUGAUGAGAGGAUAGCUGUGAAGAUUUUACAGGUAUUUGACAUUCAAUUGACCAACAUCGAGAAAGUUCGGUUUGACUCGAAGGCAAGAAAUGGGUGUUGCUCUAGCUCAGCUAAAGACUUCGUCGAGCAAUAUGUUUCUCAGUUAGUAGAAACUCAGUCUUACACGACAGCAGUUGAUGUAUUGGAGCAUUUCUCCAUUCGCCAAUCUGGGCAGUCUCUUCUCUAUAGCAUGUUGCAGAACAAUGAAUUCAAAGCUGCUGAGAAAUGGGCGACAUUCAUGGGAAGACCAAUGUUAUGUCUGCUUGUCCAAGAGUUGAUGAAUAGAAACAAGGUAAAAAGUGCAUAUGGCAUUGUAAAGACAAAUGGUCUUCAGACGGAAUUCCCUGAUGUCUAUCAGAAGUGUAAAGAGAGCUCCUUGAAGAAUUUAGCUGAAAAAGGAUGCUGGGAUGUUGCUGAGGCAAAAACAAAGAGCAAUAGACAAUUUCUAGAAUAUCUGGUUUACUUGGCGUUGGAGGCUGGUUAUUUUGAAAAGGUUGAUGAACUUUGCAAUAGGUACUCCCUUACAGGUUUUUUGAAUAUCAAAGAACGCGAGGGAGCUUAUGGACAGAACCAUUAUCUGAAUCUUAAUCAACUAAUUACUGGAGAUAUAUUGUGGGUCGAUAAAGCUGAUGCUUUACAUAAUGCAGUAUGCCAUAUUGAGGAAUGUAAAGUUAUUGGUAUUGAUUGUGAGUGGAAACCUAACUAUAUAAAGGGCAGGAAACCGAACAAAGUAUCUAUUAUGCAAAUUGCUUCCGAGGAAAAGGCUUUCAUCUUUGACUUGAUCAAGUUAUAUAAUGAUGUCCCCGACAUUCUAGACAAUUGCCUGACUCGCAUCUUGCAGUCUUCUAGUAUUUUGAAGCUUGGUUACAAUUUUCAAUGCGACAUAAAGCAACUGUCCCAUUCAUAUGGAUCAUUAGAGUGUUUCAAACAUUAUGAUAUGUUACUGGACAUUCAAAAUGUAUUUAAGGACCACACUGGAGGUCUAUCUGGGCUUGCGAAGAAAGUAUUGGGAGCUGGAUUGAACAAGACGAGAAGAAAUAGUGACUGGGAGCAGCGGCCCUUGACAGUGAAUCAGCUAGAAUAUGCAGCUCUUGAUGCUGUUGUGCUCGUCCAUAUCUUCCGACACGUUGGAGAUCAGUCACAGCCAUCUACGACAGCCGAGGCGCAAAAACGACUCGAGUGGAAAUCCUUUAUUGUCUCCCACAUGGAUAACCCCCCGAAACCGAGGAAAAAAAACAGAAGCAACAUGGAACCAAAAGUUGCAACCAACAUGUGAUGUUAAUCAUCUUAGGAUCUUUAUGGUACACUUCUGCCCUUAUGUACAUAUUUAACAUAUUUAAAUCAGAAUUAUCUGUUGAUCUUCCAUGUGUUUCUGUUGUUAUAGUACGUCUGUUCAUUAUUAAAAAUGGUCUUGCUACUAUGGAUGAUGCUGGAAAUUCUGUUUAAAUAUUAUCGUUACCCAA